AUGUGGCUACCUAGGGGACCUGCAGCAAACCUCUCCCGCGCUACGCGUCUUCGGCCGCUAAUAAGGCGGCUGCAGCAGCAGCAGCAACAGCAGCAGCAGCAACAAGAGCAGAAACAGCAGUUACUGGUUCGUCUUCAGUCGGUAGAAAGAAAAUUGCCUCCGAAAUGUCGCUGCGUUGCAGCUGCAGCUGCUGCUGCUGCAGCGGCUGCUGUAGCCGACGACGACAGCACAAGUAAUACUGGCAGCAGCAGCAACAGCAGCAGCAGCAGCAGCGGCCUUCAGCAACUUGCUUCUUCGUGUAAUGCUUGGAGCUGUAGCAGCUAUAUCAUUAGGGCCCUUGUUGGUAGGGGGGCCCCCUCGCUGCUCUCUUCAGAGCACAAGGGUGUCGCCUGCAGCAGCAGGAGCAGCAGCUGCGGCAGAGAGAGACAGGGUAGGGGGGCCCCUGCAAGGUGUUUGCAGCCAGCAGCAGCAGUACCAUCAAACCCUUUUUUUCCCUCGAGGGGCCCCCCCUUUAAAGGAGCAUAUAACCUAUCGGGGGGGGUCGAUGGGCAAGAAGGUGCCUUAGCUGCUGCUGCUGCUGGUUCUGGUGGUGCUGCAGCAGGGGGCCCCCCUCAGCAGGUUGGUGCCGCCGAUAACGAGGGAGCCUCCCCUCCUCCUCCAGAGGGUACUAACAGUGAGGGGCCCCCGGAUGGGGCCCCCGAGGUAUCUUUUUUUUAUAAUGCACAAGGGUUAAAGAUUCAGGUGUACAGGUGGCGUCACGACAGGAAGACACAGCAGCAGCAGCAGCAGCAACAGCAGCAACAACAACAAGAACAUCCCCAGCAGGAGGAGCAGCAGAAGGAGGGUACAGAAGAAGGUUCAAAAGGGGCCCCUCAGAAGGGCCUCUGGGGGCCCAUAAAUAAGGAUAGGAGGAUGGCUGCAGCACAACGACGCAAACGUGCUGCUGCUGCUGCUGCUGCUGCUGCAGCAGCAGCAGACCCCAAAGCAGCAGCUUCUUCUGUUGCAGCAACAGAUUUUGCAUAUAAUGACAUUUUCAAUACUGAUUUCUGCAGAACGCCAGAAACUGAUGCAGCAGCAGACGCAGCAGCUGCUGCUGCUGCUGCUGCUGAUGCAGCAGGAGCAGAUACGAACACAGCAGCUGCUGCUGCUGCAGCUGCUGCUGCUGCUGCAGCAGAAGCAGAAGAUGCACUAGGGCUACAAGGAUUAGUGCUGCUAUCUCCAAUGCUGCAGCUAUCAAGGAGACGUCAUCUGCAGCGAGUGCCGCUGCUGCAGUAUGCUGCAGCUGCUGUUGCUGCUCUUAGGCCGCAUGCAGCAAUCAUUCCCCCUAGAACUAGUCGGCGUCGUUACCCUCACCUGCAUGAAUACUUUCAAUCAGACCCGUUAACAUAUAAGGGAGGUGUCCCCUUGGGGAUCGGGGUUCCCCUUAUAUGGCAGAUGGAGACAGCAACAGAGAGAGAGGAGCUGCUGCUGCUGCAGCAGCAAGAUGCUGCAUCUGUGCUGCUUAUUCAUACACUACAAGAUCCUUUAUGUGAUAUUAAUGGAUCUAUUACAUGUUUUAAUAACUUAUUGGGGGUACCUGAUAGACAGCUACUAGCUAUUGAAGGACGUGCUGCUGCUGCUGCUGCUGCUUCUCCUGCUACGCCUGGUGCUGAGCCUGCUGCGGAGAAAGGGGAAGACGGCAAGGGAACGAUAUCAAGACAGGAGGGAGACGACUGCAGCAGCACCAGCAGCAGCAGCUGCAGCACCAGGAGCAGCAGCAGUAGUAGCCUGCUGCAGCAGGUGCAUCCAAAGUUGCAUGCAGUGUACCCCGAGUUCAAUUUGGAAGUCCUUGCAUCUGACUACAACGAACAGCAGCAGCAGCAGCAGCAACAGCAGCAGCAGGAGCAGCAGGAAGCCCUAAUGACUGGGGUUGCUGCUUAUGAGCAACGCAUGCAAAUGCAUGCAAGCCCCACAAGUGUGGGACCCCACGUGUAUUAUUUAAAGGGUAUAGAUGUGUUGCAUGAUCUCCCUAAUGAGCCAGGGCAACAUCUUCUCUUUCGUCUCCUUGCUUCAUGGAUGAACAGCCGCUGUUCUCAGCAACAGCAACAGCAGCAGCAGCACCAGCAGCAACAGCAGCAGCAACAGGCGCAGGAUGAGGAGGUUGAGACGGGGAAGAAAACGCUGCAGCAGCGAUCAUAG